GCUGAGUUUUUGUUGCCUUGCUUACAAGUUUGAAGUGCUCCAAAGGCGGGAUUUUAGAAUGGAAGGUGACACUGUCUACCGACCCACUCAGAGUUCUGAAACCUAUUCGGCUACUUAUUGGUACGCAAUGACGCAAAACUUGGUGAAGUCCUCAGAAGACUUCACUAUACACUCCAUACAUGAAGAUGAAGUCCGUCACAACUGUUCUAUAUGCAAAAAAUCGUUCAAAUGCAAAUCUGAACUGAUGCGGCAUCAUCGUGCCCACACGGGCAUUCGACCGUUUAUGUGUAAUCUAUGCUAUAAAAGCUUUAACUACAAUAGUGCACUCCUGGAACAUUUGCGUGUGCAUUCUGGAGAAAAACCAUACCAAUGCAGUGAGUGCAAAAAGUGUUUUAGACAAGGGUCAACUCUCAACAGACACAAAAGGAUACAUACAGGAGAAAAACCACAUCAAUGUGAAGUCUGUGGCAAGUGUUUUUCUGAGAAGAAAGGCCGCGAUGUUCACAAAAGGACCCACACCUGUAAACAACCAUUUUAUUGUUCCAAAUGCCAUCAGUAUUUUAUGCGCAGGGCAUCUCUGCUCAGACAUAUUAAGAAAAAUCAUCUUAUUAUGGAGUCCAACCCAGGCUGUUUAGAUGAUGAGGCCAAAAAAAUUCAGAGACAUGAAAGCACAGCACCACAAGCUGGAUCUACAGAGGUAGUAGUUAAAGUGGAGAGACCAGAUAUUGAGGAAACGAGUCUUGAGAUGCUGAUAAAGGAUAGUGACCUUUUGAAUGAUUUGAAUUACCUCAAGGAGGAGGUUGUAAACUGAUUUGAACAGAACUUUUUAGCUUUCUCCCUUGUUUCAGAGAGACAUGAAAAACUGUUAGCACUUUGAUUUGAUUCUGACAGGUGAAUAAUGUGGUCUGACCUACGAGUGUCCAAGAAUUUCUGUGGGACAACUGCAAAGCAACAUAGCACGAUGUUAAUCUUAAGUUUAAUUGCAGGCAGAAUUGGAGAACUCAAAUUCUGCCACCAAUUAAUCAAACUCUGAAUAUAAAAUAACCUUCAGUGGAACAACUUCAUAAAUAAAAACAAAGAAGUUGAGUGUAUUUUCAA